AUGAGGAUGCUUGCUUAUGGUGGACCUGCAGAUGCAUUGGACGACACAUACAAGAUGGCAGAGAGCACAGUUCUUGAGACAUUGAUGGAGUUUGUCACCACUGUUAUAGAUGUUUAUGGGGGAGAGUACCUCAGGCCACCGAAUCCAAGGGAGCUUGAAGUAAUCCUAAGGCACAAUGAGGUAAGAGGAUUCCCAGGUAUGAUUGGAAGCAUUGAUUGUAUGCACUGGGAAUGGGAAAAUUGUCCCACUGGCUGGUCCGGAAUGUGCAAGGGGCACAAGGGAAAACCCACUCUUAUACUAGAGGCCGUAGCUACUCAAGAUCUCAGGAUUUGGCAUGCUUUUUUGGGGCUCCCUGGUUCUCACAAUGACAUCAAUGUCUUGCAUCGAUCACCUGUGUUUGAUGACCUAGCUAAUGGGAGGACACCAGAAAUUGAGUUUUGGGUGAACGGCAAUCCCUACACAAUGGGAUACUACCUAGCUGAUGGAAUAUAUCCAGAUUGGGCAACUCUAGUGAAGUCAGUCAGCGCCCCAGCUAGCAUGAAGCACAGGGUUUUUGCAGCUGCUCAAGAAGCAUGUAGAAAAGAUGUGGAGAGAGCAUUUGGUGUCCUACAGGCUAAGUUUAAGAUCAUUCACAACCCUGCUAGACUGUGGAAGCAGAGAGACCUAAAUGCCAUAAUGCUUGCAUGUGUCAUCCUUCAUAACAUGGUUAUAGAAGAUGAGCGCAACAUGUACCUUAAUCCUUUGAAUGCAGCUGAUUUCGAAGGCCUAGAAGAUCCACCUGUGAGGACCAGCCGAGAUGUGCCAGAGAUUUCUCAGUUCAUUGAUGCAUACAGAUGCAUGAAGAACAAAGAAACCAGUAAACAACUGCAGCAAGACCUCAUCGACCACAUUUGGGGUCAUUAUGGUGCAUCCACUGGGCCUUUCGCUGGGCGGUAG